GCUGAAGCCAGGGCCGCCUCCUGGGGGGUGGGGAGGUGCCAGCCGGCGACUCCCCUUAAAAGUACGAGGCCGGCGGGCAGGCAGCGGUUCCAGCUGUGCUUCCCAAGCACGGAGCUCCAGCCUCUGCCUCUGCGGGGAAGGGGCUCAGCCCGCCGGAAAGCCCGUCCCCAGGCCGCCAGCUUGGACCCCAGCCGGCAACAUAUUACAUCGAUUGACUUUGUGGCUACUAAACCUCUCCUGUUUCCCAGGAAUGAAUCCCACUUGGUUUUGAUAGAUUAUUCUCUUAAUAUAUUAUUGGAUUCGAUUAGCCAAGAUUUUCUUGAGGAUCUUUGCAUCGAUGUUCAUCAGGAAUACAGGAAACUCCUGACAUCCCCUCAGCUACUCAGGGUCUCCUCUGGCCAGUGUUUCAGCUAGAGGGCAAGGAUGGAGAGGUAUGGGGGUGCUCGCCUCUGCAGCUGCCUGGCUGUGCUCACUUUCCUCCCAGGCCUGGGCCUGGCGCAAUAUGAUGUCUGGUCCCAGUACCCUGAGUACUUUCAGCAGCCAGCGCCCGAGUAUCACCGGCCCCAGGCACCCUCGGACGUGGUGAAGGUCCAGCUGCGCCUGGCAGGGCAGAAGAGGAAGCAUAGCGAGGGCCGGGUGGAGGUGUACUACAAUGGGCAGUGGGGCACUGUGUGUGAUGAUGACUUUUCCAUUCACGCCGCUCACGUCGUCUGCCGGGAGCUGGGCUAUGUGGAGGCCAAGGCCUGGACUGCCAGCUCCUCUUAUGGCAAAGGGGAAGGGCCCAUCUGGCUGGACAAUGUCUACUGCACUGGCAAAGAGGCCACCCUUGCAGCCUGUUCCUCCAAUGGCUGGGGUGUCACAGACUGUAAGCACACAGAGGAUGUGGGUGUGGUGUGCAGUGACAAGAGGAUUCCUGGGUUCAGGUUUGACAAUUCCUUCAUCAACCACAUUGAGAACCUGAACAUCCAGGUAGAGGACAUCCGCAUCCGGCCCAUCCUGGCUGCUUACCGCAAGCGCACACCCGUGACAGAGGGCUACGUGGAGGUGAAGGAGGGCAAGUCCUGGAAGCAGAUCUGUGACAAGCACUGGACACCCAGGAACUCACAUGUGGUCUGUGGCAUGUUCGGCUUUCCUGGGGAGAAGAUCUACAACACCAAAGUGUACAAAAUGUUUGCUGCCCGGAAGAAACAGCGCUAUUGGCCAUUCUCCAUGAACUGUACAGGCACAGAGGCCCACAUCUCCAGCUGUAAGCUGGGCCCGCAAGUGUCCCUGGACCCUGUGAAGAAUGUCACUUGUGAGAAUGGGCUGCCGGUUGUGGUGAGUUGUGUGCCUGGCCAGGUCUUCAGCCCUGAUGGACCCUCCAGAUUCCGGAAAGCCUACAAGCCAGAGCAACCCCUGGUGCGGUUGAGAGGCGGUGCCAACAUCGGGGAGGGCCGCGUGGAAGUGCUCAAGAAUGGAGAAUGGGGCACCAUCUGUGAUGACAAGUGGGACCUGGUGUCUGCCAGCGUGGUCUGCAGAGAGCUGGGUUUCGGGAGUGCGAAAGAAGCCAUUACCGGCUCCCAACUUGGGCAAGGGAUAGGCCCCAUUCACCUCAAUGAGAUCGAGUGCAUGGGGAACGAGAAGUCCAUUACAGACUGCAAGUUCAAUGCUGAGUCCCAGGGCUGCAACCAUGAAGAAGAUGCUGGUGUGCGGUGCAAUAUCCCUGCCAUGGGCUUCCAGAAAAAGGUGCGCCUGAAUGGAGGCCGGAACCCCUAUGAGGGCCGGGUAGAGGUGCUGACAGAGAGGAAUGGCUCCCUCGUCUGGGGAAUGGUGUGUGGUGAGAACUGGGGCAUCGUGGAGGCCAUGGUGGUCUGCCGGCAGCUGGGCCUGGGGUUUGCCAGCAAUGCCUUCCAGGAGACCUGGUACUGGCAUGGCAAUAUCUACGCCAACAAUGUGGUCAUGAGCGGGGUGAAGUGCUCGGGUACUGAGCUGUCGCUGGCACAUUGCCGCCAUGAUGAAGAUGUGGCCUGCCCCCAGGGUGGGGUGCAGUUUGGGGCCGGAGUCGCCUGCUCAGAAACGGCCCCUGACCUGGUGCUCAAUGCAGAGAUUGUCCAGCAGACCACCUACCUGGAGGAACGGCCUAUGUUAUUGCUCCAGUGUGCCAUGGAGGAGAACUGCCUCUCAGCCUCAGCUGCCCAGACCAACCCCACCAAUGGCUUCCGGCGACUUCUACGCUUCUCCUCCCAGAUCCACAACAAUGGCCAGUCUGACUUCCGGCCUAAGAAUGGUCGCCAUGCUUGGAUCUGGCAUGACUGCCAUCGGCACUACCACAGCAUGGAAGUUUUCACCCACUAUGACCUGCUGAGUCUCAAUGGCACCAAGGUGGCCGAGGGCCACAAAGCCAGCUUCUGCCUGGAGGACACGGAGUGUGAAGGAGACAUCCAGAAGAGUUAUGAGUGUGCCAACUUUGGUGAGCAGGGCAUUACCAUGGGCUGCUGGGAUGUUUACCGCCACGACAUUGACUGCCAGUGGGUGGACAUCACCGAUGUGCCGCCGGGAGACUAUGUGUUUCAGGUCAUCAUUAACCCCAACUACGAGGUGGCAGAGUCCGACUAUACCAACAACAUCAUGAAGUGCAGGACCCGCUAUGAUGGGCAUCGCAUCUGGAUGUACAACUGCCACAUAGGCGGAUCCUUCAGUGAAGAGACGGAAAAAAAGUUUGAACACUUCAGCGGACUCACAAAUAACCAGCUGUCCCCUUCAUAAGGAAGCCUGUGGUCACCUCCUGUCUUCUGGUCCCAGCACAUCUCCCUCCCAAGAACUGCAGCCUGACCUCACCGGCCAGCCAGCCCUGCUGUUUUGCCUGAGUUCAGGAGGAACCGCACAGUCCUGAUGUUUCCAGGGGGCUGCUGGGGAUUGGGGCUUUUUCACCUGGCUGGGGGAGCAGCCUCAAGGGCUAUCUUGUCCAGGAUGCCAGGUACAAAGGCUGUCAUGCGCUUGUUUCACCCAUACCAUGUCCACCCUGAGCCCAACACCACACCCUCAGCUCACCCAAGGAGCCUACAUCAGUAGGCAGGCAGAUGGGGCUGGCCAGGCCUAGGUGGCCCAGUUGUUUCUCUGCACACUUGAAUUAUCUAGAUUCUCUCCUAAAGAAGCAAACUGCCUCCAUCCCAUUCCAUUCCUAAAUGUAAACACGUGAGCUCACAGUUGGUGCUUCUCUCACCCCCACCUUUUUUUUUUUUUUUUUACUUCCUUCAAGAUAUCUUUAUUAUAUCUUCACUGACUUUCAAACACAAAGUAGUUUUGUGGCAUCUGGGCCUUUAAAGUAUAGUCCCAGAGAAAAACCAGCCCACCUGUGUAAGUGACUCUUUCUGUCGUUCUGACACUGUGGGUAAAUGAUCUAGCGGUGCUUUAACCCCAGUCCUGGGCGAUGAGCUCACUCACCACACUGUGUGUCAUCAUGGACACUGACACAUACUUGAAACUUUGAAUAAAAGAUUUAUGAUA